AUGUUCACUUCAACCGCUCUUUUCGCCGCCAUGCUGGCCAUGGCUCCUCUGUCCGUCAACGCACAUAUGAUCAUGGCCAAUCCCGUCCCCUACGGUUCGCCAAACAACUCACCUCUCGAUCCCUCAGGCUCCGACUUCCCCUGCAAGGUUGGCGCCGGCGGCUCGUAUGAAGUCAAGAAAAUGAACGACUGGGCUGUGGGCUCCAAGCAAACCCUCUCAUUCACCGGUACAGCCGUCCAUGGCGGUGGCUCCUGCCAGGUUGCUGUUACGACUGACAAGACGCCCUCGCCUUCGUCAAAAUGGAAGGUGAUUUAUAGCAUUGAAGGGGGAUGUCCAGCGUCAACGCCGGGUAAUCUCGGUGCUGGAGGCGCUCUAGGCACCUUUCCCUUCGACGUUCCUUCUGAACUGCCCAACGGCGAGAUGACAAUGGCCUGGACGUGGUUCAACAAGGUCGGUAACCGCGAGAUGUACAUGAACUGCGCGCCCAUCACUGUCUCAGGCGGCUCAGACGAUAGCGCCGCUUUUGACUCGCUCCCAGAUAUGGCUGUUGCGAACAUUCAAGGUCAGGGCAGCUGCAAGACGUCUGAGGGCUCUGACUACACAUUCGAGAACCCGGGCAAGUACAAGACUGAGAUCGGGACUGGUCCCUUUGUUUCUCUGUGCGGUGGUGCUCCAGCGGGGGGUAGUGGAGGUGUAAACCCUGGCAGCGGCUCUCCUCCUGUCGCCAACCCCGGCAUUCCUGUCACUCCCUCUGCUCCGGCUCCUUCAGCUCCGGCUUCCUCUACCCCGAUUGGGACCUCUACGCUCCGCACCAUCAUCACCGUCACCGCUCCCCAGGGUCCCAAGCCAACUGAAGGUGGUGUCUUCGCCCCCGGUGCAUCGGCUCCAACUCCUAAAGCCCCUCUCGCUUCUCAAUCUUCUUCCGCGCCCCAGCCCUCUCCCGCUCCUUCUACGCCCAAGCCUUCCCAAGCUCCCACCAUCCCCGUUAACAAGCCUGACAAUGUUAACUCUGGCACUGGUACUGGUACUGGCACGGGUACUGGCGCUGGUGAUUCUUCCUGCUCUCCCGAUGGCGCCUUAGUGUGCAACGGCGAGGCUCAGUUCGGCCUUUGCAACUGGGGUAAGGUUAUCUGGCAGGACGUUGCUGCUGGGACGAAGUGCCAGAAUGGCAAGAUUGCCAAGCGGGAGUACACACACCGUGCUCAGCGUACUGCGGUUUAA